AUGGCUGGAAGAAAGCGCGCUGCUUCUAGGGCUAAUGCGUCAGCGCCUAGGUCCUCCCGGUCAACGAGGUCUAGUGCAAGAGAAACCGAAGUUCCGCGCAUUUAUCGCGAAAUGCUCGUUGAAGCUGGUGUCCAAUCUAGCGCGGCGUCGCCCGAGAGACCCCUAAAAAGACGGCGAGCCGGUCAGAUAAAUGAGCAGCCAACUAAGAAACCGGAGGUGACGUCAAAGGAGGAGGUUGUAGACGAAAAUGAAGAGGAAAUCCAAUUCGAAGAUGUGCCACUUCCGACCGCCACAGUGCAGACAGUAUAUAGAGAUUCAGACGAAGAAGAUGAAGAUGACGAUAUUCAAUUUGAGAACGUCGAUUUCUCCUUUCCAGCCCCAAAUUUAGAUGAACCCGAAGAGGGCAACAAGGACCUCGAGCUUGAUUUCUCAGCACGGACAACCCCAAAGUCUCGGAAGGCUGCAGAUAGGCGAAAGCCACUCAGCAAAGCGGAAAAAGAUCAUCGUAUUGAAAUACAUAAGAUGCAUCUACUCUGCUUAUUAGCUCAUGUCGCCCGCAGGAACCGAUGGUGUAACGACGAAACUGUUCAGGAAUCUCUACGUACACUCCUCACUAGUAAGAUGGUCAAGUAUCUCAACCCAGGUACUAAUCUUAGUCAAUUUGGGAGGUCACAAUCUCUCAAAGAUGGACUGCAACAAGUAGCGACAACGUAUAAAACGAAAUUCAAGAUUACUGAGCGAGGAUUGAGAAGGGCACUGUGGGCCGAGAAUGAAGAGUACUUACAAAAUUACCAACUUUCAGAUGAUGCAGAAACGCCCAUGGAAAAAAACGACUUCCUUGAAACGGCAAAGUCCCUCCGCGGUUCGCGAGACGUUGGUGCUCAAUUAUAUUGCGCUCUCUUGCGCAGUGCUGGUGUCGAGGCUAGGCUUGUAUGCUCUCUUCAACCACUUGCUUUUGCUUCCGGAGGGCCACCACUAGGCAAACCACCAAAACAAAAAGGACGACUAAGCAUCGCAGAGCGAUACGCUCAGAUGCAAGUGAAAGAUAAAGAUAAAGCUCCUGAAUCGGCCGCACCGACAACUAGUUCUUCAGUUCGCAGUCGAUUAGGACAUCCUAAUGCUACAGCAUAUAGAGUCCCUACUACGCCUAUUGCUAGUUCAUCCCGUGCUGCACCACAAGUAAUUAAAAAGAUCCGGGAGUCUCCCUACCCUAUCUACUGGGUCGAAAUUCUUGAUGAGGCUCACCAGAAAUGGCAACCGGCAGACCCAUUGGUAACGGAUUCAUUUUGGAAGCCGCAGAAAUUGGAACCUCCGGCUUCAGAUAAGGAGAAUUGUAUGACUUACGUAAUAGCCUUCGAAGCUGAUGGUACAGUAAAAGACGUCACGCGCCGUUAUGCAAAAGCUUAUAACGCGAAAACAAGAAAAAUGCGCGUUGAGAGCGCUGAACCUACGGGAGAACGAUGGUGGCGCAAGGUUCUCCGGGCUUUUGCUCGAGGCUUUGUCACGGACUUGGAUCAGAUCGAGGCUAAUGAACUCGUCGCGAUCGAGUCGCGUGAACCAAUGCCCCGCAACGUCGCGGAUUUCAAAGACCAUCCGAUAUAUGCUCUUGAGCGACAUCUAAGGCGAAACGAAGUCCUUGUGCCGGAUGCUUCUGCGUCAGGAACUGUAGGUGCCGGUAGUAACGGCCCCCUGGAGAAGGUCUACAGGCGCAAGGACGUGCGGAUUGCUAGGAGUAGAGAUAAGUGGUACCGAAUGGGUCGAGAAGUUCUACCUAAUGAGAUACCUGCUAAAUUCCUACCUAAACGCGCGAAGAAGAACGAUGGAUUUGAUGAUGAUGGGCCGGAGGAUCCUAGUGAACCAAAUGGCGUUCCGAUAUAUACCGAAGAUCAGACGAUUCCGUUCAAGCAUCCUCCCGUGGCCAAUGGCAAGGUACCCAGGAAUCGGUACGGGAAUAUUGAUCUCUACGUGCCAAGCAUGGUGCCCGAAGGCGGUGCAUACAUAGCCGAUGAGCUUGGCGCCCGGGCUGCGUUCAUAUUAGGUGUUGAUUAUGUCCCCGCACUUACUGGGUUCCAUUUCAAGGGGAGACAAGGCACUGCAGUCCUAUACGGCGUAGUCGUUGCUGAGGAGAACGAGGAGGCUGUGCGAGCUGUCGUUGACGGUCUCAAGGAUCAAGCAGCCGACUUUGAGAAGGAGCGGCGAGCACGCGAGGUUCUUAGGACUUGGAAAUUGUUCUUGAUGAAUCUUAGGGUUCGACAACGAAUUUGGGCCGAUGUUGACUCUGAUGAGGAGGGUAAUGAUCGAGAUGCUAUGAAUGUGGAUGCGAAAAGUGACGAAGAUGCCCCGCGCGAGGCAGAAGGAGAUCCAGAAGAUGUCACACAGCAGAGUGAUGGAGGCGAUGAAGCUCCCGAUGAAGGUGGUGGCUUCAUGAUCGACGAUGAGGAUUACGGAGGGGGCUUUAUGGUUGAUUGA